CGCCCCAUGCGAACUAAGCCUUUCACAAACACUCUUCUUCACAUAUUGAGCGGAAAAUCGCUUUAGAAAACUCACCAAAAUCAAAAGUAGGGGGCGUGGUCUGCGGCAGCGUCCUUCUGCCUUAGAGAACCGCCAAUGUCGUCUAAUGGCGUGGCGCCUCUAAAAAUAGGAACCACUCGAGAGCCCCUCGGCCACUUAGCCACUUUGCCACUCAGCCACUCAAAACGCAGCAGCAUCCGCACUCCGAGAGGAUCGCGAGCACAUCUGGGGGCCCACGACAUUAUCUUCUUGGAUAUUGUCACCAAAUGUGUUGCGAUUGCCACGGAAGGCGGUACUCAAUAUCGCGUACGGCUCGCCAAUCGGUAUAAAUAUUUUUUGAAAAAUUCGUAGGUUCUUCAAAAAUCAUCAACAAAGAGCAAUGCUUCGUGUGUGAAAAAUACGCAAGACGAAAUUUUAAACAAGGCUCCAUUAAAAAACAGUCAAACUUUGGAGUGUGGUGUCAGUUAUCAUAAAAUCCCUUAAAUGAAGCUGCUAGUGUAAUCGUACUUUAACUUAAUUUUUAAGAAUUUUUAAAAUAUACAAACAAAGUGCAGUUAGUGCUAGUAGAUGUUCCUUAAAAAGAUCUUCAACAACGUUCAAAAAUUGUAAUAAACAAAUGACGGAAAACAACUGAAAAAUCGAAAUAUUUACAACCAAGUUAAAUCUGCAAUUCAAUUCUUGUGUAAAACAUAAUAAAAUCAAAGUGAAGUGACCCAACAAUGACCAAGUACAAUAGUGGCAGUAGUGAAAUGCCAGCGGCUCACUCCAUCAAGCAGGAGUACAACAAUGUCUAUGGUCAGCCACCACAUUCUGGAUACGGAUUCAGUGCCUAUGGCCAGCAGAAUCAGAUAUCCCAGCCCGGCCAGAAUCCACACCAGACCCUGCAGCAUUUCUUCAGCCGCUUCAAUGCCGUCGGGGAUGCGACUGCGGGAGCUGGUGGAGCCACUUCCAUCUCAGCCAACGGAUCGGGUUCAUCCUGCAACUACAGUCACGCGAAUCAUCAUGCGGCGGAGCUGGACAAGCCAUUGGGCAUGAAUAUGACACCGUCGCCCAUCUACACCACCGACUACGAUGACGAGAACAGCAGUCUCAGCUCCGAGGAGCACGUCCUGGCACCGCUCGUCUGCUCCUCCGCCCAAUCCUCCAGGCCGUGUCUCACGUGGGCGUGCAAGGCGUGCAAAAAGAAGAGCGUCACCGUCGACCGUCGGAAAGCGGCCACGAUGAGGGAGCGCCGGCGACUGCGGAAGGUUAACGAGGCCUUUGAGAUCCUCAAGCGACGCACAUCAUCCAAUCCCAACCAGCGCCUGCCGAAGGUCGAGAUAUUGCGCAAUGCCAUCGAGUAUAUCGAGAGCCUGGAGGAUCUGCUACAGGAAUCCAAUCCCACACGCGAUGGCGACAACCUGGCGCCCAGUUUGAGCGGCAAAAGCUGCCAGUCCGAUUAUCUGAGCUCUUAUGCUGGCGCUUAUCUAGAAGAUAAACUCAGUUUCUACAACAAACACAUGGAGAAAUAUGGUCAGUUUACAGACUUUGAUGGCAAUGCCAAUGGCUCCAGUUUGGACUGUCUAAAUCUGAUUGUUCAGAGCAUCAAUAAGAGCACCACGAGUCCCAUUCAACACAAGGCCACGCCCUCCGCUGCAGAUUCCCAGUCGCCGCCCACAUCCGGAGCAAGUGCACCCACUGCGCUGCACGUGAACUUCAAACGGAAAUGCAGCACUUAGCAUUAAGUAUCAAGACCUUAGGCAAUUGUAAAGCUAUUUUUAAGAGGAUACACGAGAUACCCAGUGACCCGGAGUAGGCCUUAAAUUAUUAUGUAUAGCAUUAGCACUUAAUUAAAUGGUAAUGGUAAUUAAAAACGA